CGAUCAGUAAGUGAAUGUCAUUUAACAUAAUUCGAUUUUUAUUUCUUAACACAGACAACAUUAUCAAAAAAGUCAUAAUAUGCUGAAAACAAUGUACAUGCUACUUCAGCAUCACGCCACCAAAUAUCGGCACACCGAAUACAGUGCCACUGCCAACCCUCCUCGACUGAGUAAGCGUCGCCCCAUGGCUAUCUGUGUUUCUCCACCCAACAGUAAAAGAGUGUUUCCAUCUGCGCCAGCCAAGACAGAUGCAUCAUUGACGGAAACAACGCCGAGUUCAGCUCCUGUUCAGAGUCGAUACUUGUUUCGUCGUCCAUCCGGUCGACCAAAGUAUGCCACUCCUUUGGACAUGGUACCACCGAGUUUGUCGUCCAAAGGCAAACGGCCUGUCAGCCAACCACCGUCGAUCCCAUCUAAACCGAUCAUUAUCCGAGACGACCUCUUGCACCAGGACACCGUUGAGACCCCGUCUUUGACCAAGUCCAUGCCUUCAGCUCUUCGAACCCUCCGAAGGCGACCUCGACAUCAAACAUCAUUGUUACGACACAUGUCGUUGCAUUCCCCGUCUCGGUAUCAAAAGCCAUUAGCUGCUCAUUGGAUGGGUUCGUCACUCGUCGACGAAACGUGGCACAAGAUAGAGCACGCUUCACCGUUUCUCCCUCAUGAUACGACGCCACUGCCAUUCCGUCGCCACUCUAUCCACGUUGAACUGCCACAAGGCUCACGUGUCCCGGAUCCUAUCUCGGUCAUGCCUCCUUCAUCACCGGGACUUUUUCAAAGACCAUGGCCUCUGGAUUCCGCACAAUUGGAAGAACAGCUUAAUCAGCAAAGAAAGCGAUUUUCCAACGGUGGGACCCAUGGAUUGAAGCGGUGGUCAUGGAAGGCCAAAGAUCCUUUUGGCAAAUGGCCAUGGAAUCCCACCGUGGCUUAUGUAGCCCCUCCAUGCCGCAAGCGGUUCUCACUACCAUCCGCCCUGCGUCCACGCAAGAUGUCUUGCCUCCACUCCCCUCUUUUCGUGUACCCGCUGACGACUUGCGAACAAACGGACCCCAAUCACAUUUUACAUUUACAUACAGGCUGCCAUGACCAUCCCCGUCAGUUUUUGCACACAUCCACCCAACAGCGUCCUCAAAGUUCAAUGGCUCAGGCAAGUCCUUUGGAGGAAAAAUUGGUUUCGAAAAGACACAGUUAUGCAGACACCCUGGCGUAUUUAAGUUCCUGGCUACCAUCCCUGUUUCGAUCCAAAUCAGCCAAGCCUCUACAGACGUAUUCGAUUGAUUGCAUAGCAGACCGAGAAGCUGACAUUAUUAGUGUUCUCAAAGAACUCAUCGAACAGUGUUUUGAAGGAUGGCUAAUGGAAGGGCCAGAAGGACAUGGAUUUAUUACAGAUGGUCAAUCAGGCCAAGUUCAAUUUAAACUGGAGAUCGUGCCGUCCUUGGCCAGCACCAAUCAUCAGACGACUAUUUAUCAAACGCGAUUUGUGCACAAGCAAGGUAAUGCUGUCGCGUUGGAAAGUGCUGUCAAGCAAAUGAACAAUAUCCUAAUCGAACUAGGCUACGCCGUACCACAGCAGCAUGUGUGAAGAAAAAGAAAAGGCUAAAUUGCAAUGACAUCCAAAGAAAUAGACAAGAACUUAGACCUCAACUUUUUUUUUACCAUUUAUCUUUAGUAAAAAUUGUCA